AUGCUCCUCACGCCACCACGACCGUCGCCGCACCACCCUCACUCGUGGUGCCUUCACCCCACGUGUCACCCUCCACCCGCGCUCGCGCCCCGGACCGUCGACCUCGACUCUCCCAGCCCCGCUCACUCGUUCUUCUCUCUCGAUGACACGCUCAUUAUGCCGCCUAUGAGCAUUGAGCACCGCAACACCUUGCAUCAGAUUAUGCGGGGUCCGUACAUGUAUAUGGAGGUCGCACUAGUAUGUGAGGCCAUCCAGAACGGCCUUGGAGGUCGCAUCAAGGUGAAGAAGAACAACGGCGGGAGCCUUACGUUCCCCCAUGGCUGCUGUAGGUUCUUACAUCGGACGACCAAACAUGGCAGGGUGGCGGGGGGGAAAGGAAAGUCGGGCAAGAAACAGCCGGGUAAUGGGAAGAAGUUCCGAUCGGACGUAGUGGCCGCGUUGGGUCGCAAACUCAUCGAGGCGCUUGGCCUGGACAACGUCCAAGGCGGGUUCAACCUCCAGAAGUGGAACCGAAUCUGCGCUCGCAACUGGAAUGCUUCAUACUAUUCGUGCUCUUGCAAGUACGCGCGGGCGGGCCGGGAGACGCGUCUCCGAGAAAAGCGGGAUGUGAUCGACCCGCACGUCAUCCAGGCACUGCGGGGGUGGCUGUGCUCGAGGAACACCUCCGCGCAUGGUCCCUGGCCGGCACGCGCCCUUCUGCCUCACUCGGCCGUCCCGGCCUGCGCGGCGAGCGUGAGACGCACCGCGCGUUCCCUUUCGCCCUCGGUGUCGCCUUCGUAA